CCUGGCAGGAGGCUGCUGUCGCUGCCGCCCGUGCACCUCCUGCGCCGGAGAGCUGGCUCUGGGCACUGCUCCCUGCUGCUUUGCCCGCUCCUCCCGGGCUCUGCCGGGCGCAGGGUCCCGCAGCCCGCCUGCCAAGGGAAGCGCGCUGCACCGUACACGGUGGUUUCCUAUCGAUGUGGUUUUGCUGCUCCCUGUGAACCGCCCGCCAGAGUCUGUCGGUGUCCAGCCGCGGUGCCCCCCGAGGGCGUUACGAGAAGGGGGGGGGACAGGUUGGCGAGCUUGGCGGGAGUAGCCACAUGCAUCUCCUCGUCCGCAAUGACUGCACCUGCGAGUGGAUGAAGCUGCUGCACUGAGGAGGGCCGAGAAAGACACGCAGCGGCUCCAGGGGUCCUGAUCAUCUUGCGGGUCUCAGCCUCCCCCCGCCUUAACCUCCCAAACCUGCUCCAUGCGGGAGCCGAAGAGGAUCUCCCCGCACGCCCUUGUGGAGGCCCACUUCUGCACCCCCCACUGACAGGAACGCACUACGUGAAAAAACCUUGAGUCAAAAUGAUCGCUACCUAGACGUCUGCAGCUACAGGAACUAUUAGCAAUGCAGUGUUUGGAGAUGACAACCAAAAGGAAAAUUAUUGGCCGUCUGGUGCCAUGCCGAUGUUUCCGGGGUGAAGAGGAAAUCAUCUCAGUGCUAGAUUACUCCCAUUGCAGCUUACAGCAGGUGCCAAAGGAGGUUUUUAAUUUAGAACGGACAUUAGAGGAGCUUUACCUAGAUGCCAAUCAAAUUGAAGAUCUACCUAAGCAAUUGUUCAACUGUCAAGCUCUACGCAAACUGAGUAUACCAGACAACGACCUUUCAAGCCUGCCAACCACUAUUGCUAGUUUAGUUAAUCUCAAGGAACUUGACAUCAGUAAAAAUGGGAUUCAAGAUUUUCCAGAAACUAUAAAGUGCUGUAAGUGUUUAACAAUUAUUGAAGCCAGUGUCAAUCCAAUUUCUAAGCUGCCAGAUGGUUUCACACAGCUUCUAAACUUGACCCAGCUCUACCUAAAUGAUGCCUUUCUGGAGUUUCUUCCAGCUAACUUUGGAAGACUUGUCAAAUUGCGUAUCUUGGAGUUAAGAGAAAAUCAUUUGAAAACUCUACCAAAGUCAAUGCACAAACUGACACAGCUGGAGAGGCUUGACCUAGGCAAUAAUGAGUUCUCUGAGCUGCCUGAGGUUCUGGAACAAAUACAAAACCUAAAGGAAUUGUGGAUGGACAAUAAUUCACUUCAGAUGCUGCCUGGGUCUAUAGGGAAGUUAAAGCAGUUGGUGUACCUGGAUAUGUCAAAAAACAGGAUAGAAACUGUUGACUUGGAUGUAUCAGGAUGUGAAGCACUUGAAGAUCUCCUAUUGUCAUCCAAUAUGUUACAACAACUGCCAGAUUCUCUAGGAUUGUUGAAAAGGCUUACAACUCUAAAAGUAGAUGACAAUCAGCUUACAGUACUGCCCAAUGCAAUUGGAAAUUUAUCUCUAUUAGAAGAAUUUGACUGCAGCUGUAAUGAACUGGAGUCCCUACCUUCUACCAUUGGUUACCUUCAUAGCCUGCGAACAUUAGCUGUGGAUGAGAAUUUCCUGUCUGAAUUGCCUAGAGAAAUUGGAAGCUGUAAGAAUGUAACAGUUAUGUCCCUGCGCUCUAACAAGCUAGAAUUUCUUCCUGAUGAGAUUGGUCAGAUGCAGAAGCUGAGAGUGUUAAAUCUGAGUGAUAACAGACUGAAGAAUUUACCAUUCACUUUUACUAAGCUUAAAGAACUUGCAGCUUUGUGGCUGUCUGACAACCAGUCCAAAGCCCUUAUCCCUCUGCAAACUGAGGCUCAUCCAGAAACAAAGCAAAGAGUACUGACUAACUACAUGUUUCCUCAGCAACCCCGUGGUGAUGAAGAUUUCCAGUCAGACAGCGAUAGCUUUAACCCUACUUUAUGGGAGGAGCAGCGACAGCAGCGGAUGACUGUAGCCUUUGAAUUUGAAGAAAAAAAGGAAGAGGAGGAAAAUGCAGGAAAAGUUAAGGUUGAAAUAAAUCUAAAGCGUUAUCCAACUCCAUACCCAGAAGAUUUAAAGAACAUGGUAAAAUCUGUUCAAAAUCUGGUGGGCAAAACAAGCCAUGGAGUGAGGCCUGAGAACUCAACCCCAGCUGCCAACAAUGAGCAAACUAUGAAAGAAAAGUAUGAGCACAAGUGGCCUAUGGCAACAAAGGAGAUUUCAGUGGAGGAUUCCUUUGGACACCCUGCUAAUGACAUGAGGAUAGGAGAACUUCGCCCUUCAAUGGCUGAGGCUCCCUUGUACCAACCCAAACUUGUUCUUCUGGGUAAAGAAAAGAAAGAAUCAACAGACGAAUCUGAAGCAGAUAAAAUCCACUGUCUCAAUAACAGUGUUUCCUCAGGCACUUACUCAGACUACUCACCUUCCCAAGCUUCCUCAGGGUCCUCUAAUGCUCGUGUUAAAAUGGGGUCCUUGCAAACAACUGCCAAAGAAGCAGUGAAUAAUUCUUUGUGGGGUAACAGGCUUGCGCAGUCUUUUCCACAGCCUCUUGAGACAAAGCCAUUACUCAGCCAGCUAGAAUCUGCUCCAGUGGGAAAUCUGCAGCAGCGCAAUGACAGGCAUCCAAUGAGUGACACUUUUGCUGACAGCUGGAAUGAUACCCCACACUAUGAUAACACAGGGUUUGUUGCAGAGGAGAGCACAGUGGAGAAUCCUAGCACUAACCCUCUCUUAUGCUCUAAAUCUAGAAGCACAUCUGCUCAUGGACGCAGGCCUUUAAUUAGACAAGACAGGAUAGUUGGCAUUCCCCUGGAACUUGAACAGCCUACACACAGAAACACACCUGAAUCAGAAGUGCCUCCUCCCAAUCCUUGGCAGAAUUGGACCAGAACUCCAAGUCCUUUUGAAGAUAGGACAGCUUUUCCUUCUAAAUUGGAGAGCACCCCCACCACCAGCCCUUUGCCUGAAAGGAAAGAUCAUAUCAAAGAAUCUCCUGAAGCAGCUAGCACUUUUUCUCCAGGAGUAGCGUGGGAGUAUCAUGAUUCAAAUGCUAACAGAAGUCUUAGUAAUGUCUUUUCACAUAUUCAUUGCCGUCCAGAGUCUUCUAAAAGUGUUAUUGCAAUGAGCAAGAGUACAGAGAGGCUUUCCCCAAUGAUGAGAGAUUUAAAAACUAGUAAAUUUAAGAAGUCGCAAAGUAUUGAUGAGAUAGACAUCGGUACAUAUAAAGUUUAUAAUAUUCCAUUAGAAAACUAUGCAUCCCGUAAUGACAAUGCAGGAACCCAUGAAAGACUAGAUAAAAUGAUAGGACAGGAGCAUGGUAUGUCUAGUAUGUCUCGUAGCCAAUCUGUACCAAUGCUAGAUGAUGAGUUGCUGAGUUAUGGAAGUGUUAAGGUACAGCAGCAGCAAAAGCCUUCUGUUACCAAAAAAGUCUAUCAGUUUGACCAAAGCUUCAAUCCUCAAGGAGCAGUGGAAGUUAAAGCAGAAAAGAGGAUACCACCACCUUUUCAACACAAUCCAGAAUAUGUUCCCCAGCAGAGUAAAAACAUUGCCAAGGAUUUGGUUAGUCCAAGAGCCUAUAGAGGCUAUCCCCCCAUAGAGCAUAUGUUUUCAUUCUCUCAGCCUUCAGUUAAUGAGGAGGCUGUUAAUGCUCAGUUCUCAACCCAGGGAUCAAGGUCAGGAUUUUUGAGAAGAGCUGAUUCAUUGGCAAGCUCCACUGAAAUGUCAAUGUAUAGAAGAGUAAGCGAACCUCACGAACUGCCUCAGAGUGAUAGGUAUAGCAGACCUCAGUAUAGAGCAGCUAUGGAACGCCAAAGCAGUAUCUCAGUGUCUGAAACCCAGUUCCUCAAAAGAAAUGGCAGGUAUGAAGAUGAACACCCUUCAUAUCAAGAAGUGAAAGCCCAGUCUGGAAGUUUUCCAGUUAAAAACCUUACGCAAAGGAGGCCAUUGUCUGCAAGAAGCUACAGUACAGAGAGUUAUGGUACAUCUCAGACUAGGCCAGUUUCAGCUCGGCCUACAAUGGCAGCUCUGUUGGAAAAGAUACCAUCGGACUAUAACUUGGGUAACUAUGGUGACAAGCCUUCAGAUAACAGUGAUGUAAAGACAAGGCCUACCCCUGUGAAGGGAAAUGAGAGCUGUGGUAAAAUGCCUGCAGACUGGAGACAACAGCUACUUAGACAUAUAGAAGCUAGAAGGUUAGACAGGACCGCUGCUUACAAACACCACACUGUUAACCUUGGCAUGCUGCACUCUGGAGGUUUGUCAGCAAUGCAUGCAGGCAGAAGCAUGACUUUAAACUUGCAGACUAGAUCUAAAUUUGAAAACCAAAUUCAGCAAGAGCUACCUCUACCAAAAACCCCAUCACAGCAGAGUAACAUUCUAGACAAUGGACAAGAAGAUGUUUCUGCUAGUAGCCAAUGGAAUCCAUAUCCACUUGGAAGGCGGGAUGUGCCACCAGAAACCAUUACUAAAAAGGCAGGUAGCCAUAUCCAGACUUUGAUGGGAUCUCAAAGCCUACAACAUCGGAGUCGAGAGCAGCAAUAUGAAGGAAACAUGAAUAAAGUGACCAUUCAGCAGUUUCAGUCACCACUGCCAAUUCAGAUCCCUUCUUCGCAGAGCUCUCGGGCACCUCAGGCGGGACGGUGCUUAAUCCAAACCAAAGGGCAGAGGAGUAUGGAUGGUUAUCAGGAGCAGUUUUGUGUGAGAAUAGAAAAGAAUCCUGGCCUUGGAUUUAGUAUCAGUGGUGGAAUAAGUGGACAAGGAAAUCCAUUCAAACCUUCAGAUAAGGGUAUCUUUGUUACUAGGGUUCAGCCUGAUGGACCAGCAUCCAGCCUGCUCCAGCCUGGUGAUAAGAUCCUUAAGGCAAAUGGACACAGUUUUGUACAUAUGGAACAUGAGAAAGCUGUAUUACUACUGAAGAGUUUCCAGAAUACAGUAGACCUAGUUAUUCAACGUGAGCUUACUGUCUAAGUAUUUUUUAUAAAUAGUAAACAUAUGUCUAGCCAGAUCUAACGUUCAAACAGAAAUUUAUACAUAGGAAACAAAUUUUGCCAAUUGCUGGACCAAUGGCAAACAUUAGUGCCAAAUGUAUAAUACUAUAUGUUAGUACUGCGCCUCUUAAAAAAUGUUAACUAUAUAAAUAUGAUGUUCAUGUGGUUAUGUAUUAGUUUUAAUUGUCAGCCUCUGGCUGUGCAUUGGUGCAGUUUCUUUUUUAAUCAAGUUACUUCUCAAAGUGGAUUUCAUAAACUUCAGAACACAGAAGCACACAAAAGCUCUUUAUGAAUUCUGCUGUCCAUCAAAAAUACUGCCUCAAAGUUGUAUAUAUCUUUAUAAAGAAAAACAUAUAUUGAGUUGUAAUUCCCAUAAAAUAUUUCUAUCACCAGUGCUAUACUAAAAGAAAGAUUAUAGAGAAAAAAUAUUUUCAUAGACACCACUAAGAAAGUAAAUAUUAAAUUUGAACUUUAGUAUGUUGAUUUUUUCAAUGCAAAUAUAUAUAUGCCUUAUAGAAGUAACUGUACAAGUACAGUGUUUAGUGCUGAGUCCAUACUAAUUAGCUGAAUUAUUGCAAUACAGGGUGAAAUACUUCAUAAAUUAUACUUUCAAGCCUGGGACCUAAACAUAAUAGUCUAGGCAAAAUUAAUUGCUUUUGUCUGAUCCUUUUAGCUGAUUACAUGUAAGCUUGUAAAACAGACAUAAUUUUAGAUAGUGUUGUUCCUCAAAUAAAAGCAGUGAGUAGUGGUUGGCAGGAAAAACUAAUGCUUUAUUUUUGUGAAUUUUUUAAUUUAUUUAAAAUUAUAGAGCCCUUUCAAUAAACUUUGAUUCCCAAUUCUCCCACCGGACUAUAAUACCCCUGAGUAAGGAGGGCCAAAUCUAGCCCUUUGUGGGCAGCAGUCCCAUUGAAAUAAGUGGGACUACGCAGGUACAAUGCAUCGCUAGUAAGACUAGAUGACAUUUAAAAUAUUUUCUCUCUGAGGUGUGCUAUAUAAAUACCAGUAGGUAAAUCUCAGUGCAGUUCUAAGGGGACAGGAAUAGAUACAGCACAAAACUACAUUACAUUGGUGUUAUUUCAGUAAUCCAAGUUUUAGUAAUUCCUACAGCUGACAGCAUGGAAAAUCAAUUUCUGUGCCAUGGAUAAGUCUACGUAUAUUGGGUAAAUCCUGUUUCCAUUGAAGUCAAUGGUAAAAAAUUGUGACUGCUAAUGAGAGUUUUUGAUGGAAAUAAAUUGAGUAUUCCGAAUUGGUUUUAUUAAAUUUGAACAUUUUUAAAAAACACAAAUCACCUAAAUUGUGACUAUUGUAGAUUUUAAAGGUUACUAUCAAGAACUUUUUAGUUAAUGUGAGGUGUUUCUCUAUUGCGUAUGUAAUGCUGACAGACCCUGGUUGGCAACAGGCAGGACUGAACAGGGGACCUCUGGAGCUUAGUGCAUAGCCAAUGCUGUAGAGCUGACUCAAUCUCUCGCUCUGAGUGGUCUUGCUGCCACUAGAUGGGACAGAACAUCUCCCCCAAGAGGUGUGGGGGUUAUACUCACACUAACUAAAGUUUUCCCUCUCCCCUCUGAUUAAUUUACAUAUUAAUUAGUUUAAUUAAAAUAUAUAAUUAAACUUUUUUUUUUAAAGUCAGUUUAUGUAAUGUUCUGUCUAUUAUAUGGUCUUCUGUUGCUCAUUAGAUGUCUGAGGUGGGGCUUGUUCCCUCAUGAAUGUUUUGAAUUGUCUUAUUUGGAUUGCAUUUAUUUUCAGCUGGCAUCUGGCAGCUGUUGCAAUGUGACAAUACAGCUGGAGAUUUGGUCAGUCAGCUUCAUCACAAUGACAAAUUGUGGUUCUAAAGCAACUGGGAACUUUGGGUGCAUAGGAAUGCAGGGUUAGGGCUUUUGUUUGUAUUUACACGUUUCCUGGUUUUAAAAUGGUGACUGUUCACAUCCCCUUUAUUAUUUGCUUUCCACAAACAUGAAUGAUUACACGUUUUACUGCAAAACUGGAAAGUUUAUUCCAAACCUGCACGUGUAAGUUCUCACAGAAAACAAAUGUUCAUUUUGUACAAGUCCUCAUACUGGAAGUGCUGCUGCACUCAUCCAUUCAGGAGGCAGAAAUACCACCAUGUAACUUAUCUGACUACAACUGAUCCAUACCAGCUCUAAUUUUAAAUAUUUACACCCAAAUAGUUUGAAUUUAGUUAUUCUUUCACCUAAGAGUACAGAGGAGAUUUCAAAUUCCUCUAUUCCAAGAUAUUCAGCAAAUAAAUUCAAAUGAGUUAUUCAGUUAUUUGUGUCAGCCUGGGGUGCAGGAAUGCAGUAUCUUUAACGAUGUACAGACGCUCCCUGGGUUACGCAAACCCGCAUUUACGGAAAAAGUUCCUUAAGGGGUUUUUUGUUUUGUUUUUGCGUAAUUGUCAGGUAUAUGUCCUCAACUUACGCAAAAUUCGACUUACGCAAGCAGAGCCAUAACUAGGGAUUUUUGCCCCCGAGGCAAAGGACGGGGCGGCACGUCCAGCUCUUCGGCAGCGGGUCCCUCUCGGAGGGAAGGACUUGCCCCCGAAGGAGAGACUUUCUGUGCCCCUCACCUUCCGCCUCACUCGCCUCGCCCUCCUUAUGGCACUGUAUGCAAGGUGUUCCAGAACGGAACGCUUGCGUAAGUCGGGGAGCGUCUGUAACAGCAGCAGAAUUGCAAAGGCCAUUAUUCAAAUUGUCAGCAUCAUCAGCUAUCCCUUUCGUAAUAAAACAGUCAAGAGAUGCUCACAUCCAUUCUUUACAUGCAGAAAUUCACUCAAUGUAAACACACUAAAUGUAAUACAUUCUGUGGGAAUUUCACUAAUUUAUUUGCAUAGCUCAAACAUAUCCCUUGACUUCCCUUGGCAAGAAAACUGAGUAAAUAAAAAAUUAGUUUUGAGUCAUGUUGUAACAUUGCCUACUACAUCCCUCUCCUAAGCAAAACUAGAAGACAGAAUCCUGAAGCAUGUUACAAAAUUAAAUAUUUUAUUUAUAUAGCACCAAGAUGUGGUAGGCUUUUUUACAGAGACAAGUGGGAUGACGAGGGUUCUGCUCUAGGGAGCCUACAAACUACAUAGACAACAUAUUGAAGAAAGAUGUAAUAUAACAAAAGCCAAGUGAUCUUUUUUCAGAGUAGCAGCCGUGUUAGUCUGUUGUGUCACAUUUUGUUCUGAUGGAUUUUUGAUUACGUACACUUAUUAUGCCAGUGUGGUUUGUAAGCCUGAGUGUUACAAGAUACAAGUAGUUUUUUUAUUCUCCCUACCUCUCCUCCAGCUCUUUCUUGUCCAUUAUAUAGUCAGCUGUAGACUUGGAGACUUUAAACUUCCCCCUUAAUUAAUGAAGUCUUUGUUGGGAAUAAAACCAGACAUUCCAGUGGAACCUCUGUCACAUUUAAGGCCUGAUGCUGCAGAUUUUGGAGUCAACGGAAGCUUGGCUAAGUAAAAGAGCUUCUCCUGGUAAGUGAGCAGGAGUUCAGGCUUUUCGUUCAGACAGUAGUUGAGCUUCAAGAUGCGUCUUCCCCACCCCAAUCUCCCAAAAAGCAAGCAUGAUUCUCUUUGUACUUUGUUGUAUUUAUAUACAAAUUGACAGAGGGAAUGCUCAUAUUUUGAGCAAUGAAGGAAGUGUUCAUUGUGGCUAAUUAGUAUGUGGUGUUCUUGUUUUGAUGUAACACACUUGUCUUUUCUGGAGCGAUUCAAUAAAUGCAAUUAGGAAGUCACAUAUUAUGUGCAUGGAUACCUUGGUUCAGCUAUCUUGUUAAACUUGAGAUUCUAGGGCAGGUACUGGCAGCAGAUGAAUAGCAUAUAUAUGAUGUGGCACCCUGGAGUAUAUUGCAUAGAUGUGGUUAUUUUCAUGUUUCGUCAGUGAGUUCUGAGGCAGGCAGCUGUGAUCUCAAAAUUGCAUAUAGGUUCCUGGGUCCAGGCUAUUAGCUAGUACACACUACACCAUGUGCUUUCAUAUCAAGUACACAAUACCUAAAGCUCAGGAAUUUUUUUUUGUAGCUACUAAAGAGAAUUUUUGACAAUGACUUAAACAUGGUGUUUUAGAAAUAAAACCAGAAACUCCAAAUUGCCUUUGGAACUUCUACCCUUUUCAAUUUCCAGCUUCCUGUCGGCUUUCAGCUGUGCUAAAUUUGUUCCCAUGGUAACAUUUCUGCUAGCAGUAAAACUGUGACACUGCUUUUUAGGUUUCUGCACAACAAAGCUCAUCUAGUGCUACUCAAGUAAAGGUUAGAUUAAAAGUGCAGGGCAUUGCUACAAUUCCCUUGUUCUGGUUUUACAGCAGCUGUUAAGGAACACAGAAUGGUUACUAUCACAGCUCACAUGGCAAGUCACUGUACAGAAAUUAGAACUUAUCAGGGUUUCAACUCCCAAGCACCACUAUGAAAAUGUAUAACAAAAGUAUCAACUGUAUCUUAGCCAAACGUGUAUUAGGCUAGGUCUACACUAUCCGCCUGAAUUGGCGGGUAGAAAUCGAUCUCUCGGGGAUCGAAUUAUCGCGUCUCGUUGGGACGCGACAAUCGAUCCCCGAAUCGACGCUCUUACUCUACCAAUGGAGGUGGGAGUAAGCGCUGUUGAUGGGGAGCUGUGGAGGUCGAUUUUGCCGCCGUCCUCACAGUCGGGUAAGUCAGCUCCGAUAGGUCGAAUUCAGCUACGCUAUUCGCGUAGCUGAAUUUGCGUAUAUUAAAUCGACCCCCCCUGUAGUGAAGGCCUGCCCUUAGCCAAUGCAACAGUAACUCCCCAAUCAACCAUAUUUCCAGAUAGUCAUAUAAAAUAGGGCACAACCCACUUUUGUGUUUCCAGUUUUAUACGGAACUCCCUAUCCAGAUUUUUGGAGUAUGGGUUAGUUUCUCUAAGCUUGUUCUGAGCCUAAAGCGCUUUUCCCCAGUUGCAUCCCACUGGUUGAUGCCACAGCUGGAAUUGAGUACUAGCCAACAACCUCUGGCCACAGGUCAUUCUCAGAAUGGGAGAAAUAUCUAAAGAGACAAGACCCCAGGAGACUCAAUUCAUUUCCUAAAGAAGUCUCCAGUCUCAAUAACAAUUCUUUACCCAUUCUGUUUUUUAUUGUAAUUAAAAAAUUUUAAAUUUCAAGUAUAUUUUCAUUCACUGAAAUGUAUUUUCUAACAAGCCAGAUUUGUAAAAAUAUAUCUGUCCCUUUAUUCAUCACGAUCCUGCUCCUUUGUGCAAUUAUAUUACAGCCUGAGCUACUGCGAGACUACUCAAACUAUGACUAAGGCGGCUUCUAUUUAUACACAGGAACAAUUUUAAGGAAGUUCACUAAAUGCCAUGUAAAUGGUAAAAUAGAAAGCUGCCAGCUGUCUGUUGAAUUUCCCAGGCUGAAAGAGCAUAGGCAGAUGUUACUAGGUUUUCUGAAAAUGAAGAAACUUGUACAAAAUUGCUUUAGCUCAUUUGGUUAUUUUUACAGCUGCAAACUCAUACCACGAGCACUUCCCUGAGUACGAGUAAUUCUUAACAGUUCUAAAACCAUCUGACCAUAAUAAACUCUUAAAAGAAUCGAAUGUAAUAUGUUUAGGAAAUCUGCUUGCCACUGCUAUUACUAUGUACUGCUCACAUUACAUCUUGCUCCUGCUUGCAACUCUAACCAAUCCCUGUUAUUCAGCUUAUGUGGUCUGAUGUAUAUUUUGUGUAUUAGUAAAGAAAAAGUAAUGAUUGAGUUCAUUUUCACAAACCAUAGUUUCUUUUCCUAUCCUGUGCAAGUGACUAUUCAAAAGACGCAUAGGACCGGAUUCUGCCACAGGAUACAUGUCCCAACUCCCAGGGAAGUCAAUGGGAAUUUAAGGUCAUAUCCAUUAGCUCAACUAGCUUUGCAAUCUGUGCCCCCCAUCUUCCUAACUAGAAAAGGGUCUUGUCAACUUUCUGUACAGUUAGCUUGUGAAUGUACUGGGUUCAGCCGCCACUCACCUCGUGCUCAGAAAUUACCAUGCAAGCCCAACUGGGACUAAAGUAAACAUUAAUAUAACCACCCGUUUGCUAAUCUUCAUAAAAGGACACAAAAUUGCAACCGCCAACGGUGGGCUUUGAAUUGGCCAUCCAAGAGUAAGAUAUACUUACUAGCUUUUCACUUGCUGGGUCUGGGCUUUUUAUAUUUUAAACUUCCAAAUGUAAGUAUUAUUAAAAUAAAAUAGUCAUCCAGUCAAUUUUAGAUUUCAAAUAAGUGGAAUAAAAUUAUAAAUUUUGUUUUUUUAUUAACCAGAUUUGUUUAUUUCACUGUACUGUAAAUAUGAGCUAAACAUAAAAGCAAUGAUGCAACUUUCAGGCCAGUAGUUUGGAAUGGAUAUUAAUUGAGUUGGUCUUUCUCUGACUCCAGUUUUGCUAGGCUAAAUAAAUGGCCUUACAGCCAUAUGUGUGCAGCACAACAGUGACACCCAGAGGCCAGGCAAUGUAACCAGAGCUCCUUUUCCUCAGAGUGGCAGUUUGAAUUUUGAUCAGACCUCAAUGAAAUUUUACCUUUGCAAAAGAAAAUUCUCAGAAGGUAUUAUUUGAUACUUAUAGCAUUUUAAACAGUUCCUUGUUUCUUUAGAAAUUCUUAUUAGCAUUAAUAGCCUCAGACAAUUCAAGCAGAUAUUCUGUAUAUGAAUGCACUCCAUUUCAUUGCAUAUAGUAUUUACUUGCCCCCUUGUAAAGCAUUUAAUGAAGAACCACCAACAAGCCACAACAGUGCAGCACAAGAGGCUUGAUCUUUAUCAAUUGGGGCCUUUUAGGCCUCUUUGCUAGCCUAAGUGGGUUUACUCUGAAAUCAUGGUCAAAACAAAGACUUAUGUUAAGUUUUCUACUUGUGAGUACUGUAUCCAGUUCAAAACCAACAGCUUACUUUAUUAAAAAUUUUACCAUUUUAUAAAAGACAUGUUUAAUUAUGAUGGAGAUGGCUGUAUUGUAAUUAAUAUUUUGAGAUAAUUGUGAUAUUGAGCUUAAAUUAUAUACAAAAAAGUCAUUUUUGUAUGUGUUAAAAAGAUUGCUAUAUUACAGAUGACUAACUGUACUUUUCAGUUUAAUUACAGUAUUGAUGUAAAUAAAGCUGAAUGAAGAAAUAUUUACUACUUUAUUAACAUAGAUUGUGAAUGUAUUUAAUGGUUUUGCAGUAUAAGGACUUACUGAACUUGAAAGCUGCUUCAUUUUAUGUGCAAAAAGGUACUUUAAAACUAUAUUUUAAAUCUAUUGAUUCAGUGAAAUCAAUUAUCUUGUUAGUUAAUUUGCACAUGCAAGUUGUAUCCUUCCAGUUUUAUUUUAUGUAUUGACACUAAUUGGUAAGGUGCAUAUUGUGUUUAGAAUGCAUUUUGCAGAUGCUUUCUGUACAUAAAAAAAUACAGGGACUAAAACAAUGCUGUGCAGUGUAUAGCAGAGCCAUUUUUCGGCUUUGGUGUACCAACUUUUUCAGUAUUUAAAAAGUGUUUUGAAUAACAUUAAAAAAAGUCUCUUUAUUGUACAAAUAAUAAAAAUGUCACAUUAUUGUAACAAACUUUUGUCAUCUUUUAAUAUAAGAAGGGAUAUCAAUUAUCCAAAGGUAAUUAAUUGUACUGCUGUGUUGUCUGGCUUAUGGAAAGAGUUGUUGGUCUCUAGCUAGUUCCUUUUAAACUGCUUGUUAAUCUGUUGUUUGAUUUAAUGAGGAAAAAGUAGUGAAGAUAAAGAUGCAGUUUUCAAAUCUUCACUAAAUAUUUAACCUGAGGGGAUAAUGCUUGAGACUCUGCCAUUAGUUUUAAUUGACACAGUUAGUUUAAAAAGUUCAGAUUAAAAAAAACCAAACCCAUACCAAAACUUGCCUGUAUUCUCCUCUCAUUAAACAAGUGUUUGAGUAUUCUUCUGGUGAGGCAUCAUACAGUAGAACCUCAGAGUUAUGAACUGCCCAGUCAACCACACACCUCAUUUGGAAUUGGAAGUAUGCAAUCAGGCAGCAGUAGAGACAAAAAAAAAAAAAAAAAGCAAAUACAGCACACUAGUGUGUUAAAUGUAAACUAUUAAAAUAAUUAUGGGAAAGUUUAAAAAAAAAGAGUUGAAACUGGUUUUGUGCUUGUUUCAUUUAAAUGAAGAUGGUUAAAAGCAGCAUUUUAUUUUUCUUCUGUAUAGUAAAAUUUCAAACUGUAUUAACUCAAUGGUUAGUGGUAAACUUUUGAAAGAACAACCAUAAUGUUUGUUCAGAGUUACGCACAACCUCCAUUUCCAAAGUGUUCGAAAAUCUGAGGUUCUACUGUAAAAUUAUCGCAACUGUAUGAAGAAAAGCUACAGCACCUGAAGGUCUAAAAUUCAGUGUCUGUAUAGAAUGUGCCUUGUAUAGAAGCUGGAAGAGUGCCUCAGUAAUCUAAAUGUUAGACUUGAUAUAGCUAUAAAAUGCUGGGUACCAUUCAUUCAAAUAGGGGCAACUUUGGCCUUCAACCAUUAGUCUUCCCACAUAAAUACAUUGCCAUUUGUUUUGGGGGUUGGGUUGUUUUUUUUUUUUAAUUUGGAUGGGGCGAUGUUUUAAAACAGUAACACUUCUACUCAAACGCCCAACCUCCUUGUCCUUUCCUAUUGCUAUGUAGUGUUAUGUGCCAGCUGUUUGCUGUCCUCCCUCUCCAGAGGGGUUACAUUUCAGUGCUGUUGCAUGUAUUGUGAUCAUUUAUGAUGAAAGGUGCUCAUUAAAUGUAAGACAUUAGGGAUGGGUGGAUUUAUUUUGUCUUAAUUUUGGACCCACUCAACCAUCAUUGGGAUGAAAGUUUAAUUGGAAUUGAUUUUUAAUUUUGCUGUUGGAUAGGAGAUGGGGAAGAGAGAAAGAGAAAAGUGUUGAAUGAAAGCAUAGUUUAUACACACCAUACAUAAUAUACAGGAUAUCCAUUUCAGCUGUCUUCUAAUGGCAUGAGCAGGGUGAAUGUGGCAAAAGGUGGCUUUUCUAUUCCUAAUAAUUAGCACAGGAUUCUCUUUACCUCAUUUUCUUUUAAGUUCAAUCAGGGAGGUGGGGAAAAUGGGCUGCAAUCCGAAGAAAAAGGCUUGGAAAAAUUACUUUUGCAAGCCAAGGUAGGUAGAGAUGUUCACCCAUUCCUAAUAUAUGUACUGUAGUUUAGUCUGUAAGAAUUAAAAGCCACCUGACUUUCAGUACAAUACUGAAUUCCCUUGAAAAUAUAGCCUUAAAAACGUGGCAGCUCUCAGUCUUCAAUACUGUUUGGAAGUGAAGUGUUCAAAGAACAGUCAAUGCAAACCACCAUGGGAUCAAUUUUGAUUUAGUCUACAAUUUGUUGCAUGUAAAAGCCUAAAAAAGAGCAAUGUAUAUACAUUUGCAUCGCAGUUCAGAUCUGACACACCCAUUCCCCCUACAAAUUUAUCACCAGUGUUGAUGCAUCUUAAGG